UGUCUCGUGCGGAGCCGUGUCGUCCCCGUGAGGUUUUCUCCUCCGUCACUGCCGUACGGGGCUCCGGCCCGGGAUCCAACCCGCCUCAGACGCCGAGGAACGGACGAGAAAUGUGUCAACCGAAUGCGGAGGAGGGGACAGACACAGACUUGAACCGAACAGAUAAACCAUCAUGAUUCCCAUUACAGAACUCCGAUACUUUGCUGACACCCAGCCAGCAUACCGUAUCCUGAAGCCAUGGUGGGACGUUUUCACCGAUUACAUCUCAAUUGUCAUGCUGAUGAUUGCAGUGUUUGGUGGAACCCUGCAGGUCACACAGGACAAGAUGAUCUGCCUGCCUUGCAAGUGGACGGUCAACGCAACAUGCGAGGCGAGGCCCGUCUCAAAUGUGACCAUUCCCUACGCACCAGAGCCCAAAGGCAUUCAGUAUGACCUCGACCGUCACCAGUAUAAUUAUGUCGAUGCUGUCUGCUAUGAAAAUAAACUACACUGGUUUGCCAAAUAUUUCCCCUACCUGGUGCUACUCCACACCCUUAUCUUCCUGGCCUGCAGCAAUUUCUGGUUCAAGUUCCCCCGCACAAGCUCAAAACUGGAGCAUUUUGUCUCCAUUCUCCUCAAGUGCUUUGACUCCCCAUGGACAACAAGGGCUUUGUCUGAGACCGUGGUGGAGGAGAGCGACCCCAAGCCUUUGGGGAAAAUGAAUGGCUCAAUGGACAAGAAGGCAUCCAGCGUGAGCGAGGACGUUGAAGCGAGUGUGCCGAUGCUGCAGCGAACAAAGUCACGAAUUGAACAGGGAAUAGUGGAUCGCUCCGAAACUGGGGUUUUAGAUAAAAAGGAAGGAGAGCAGGCCAAGGCCCUUUUUGAGAAGGUGAAGAAGUUCAGGAUCCACGUAGAGGAGGGUGAUAUAGUGUACCGUCUUUACAUACGCCAGACCAUCAUCAAAGUAAUCAAGUUUAUACUCAUCAUUAGCUACACAGCCUACUAUGUACAGAAUAUCAAGUUCAACGUGGUGUGUAAUGUAUUAUCCAUGCAGAAGCUAACAGGGUAUGGCAUGUUCUAUUGUGCUCACCCAUUAGCAACUCUUUUUAAGAUUUUAGCUUGUUUUUACAUUAGUUUAGUGGUUGUGUAUGGCCUGAUUUGCAUGUAUACACUUUGUUGGAUGCUGAGCCGCUCCCUCAAACGAUAUUCCUUUGAAUCAAUUCGCGAGGAGAGUAGCUACAGUGACAUACCCGAUGUGAAGAAUGAUUUUGCCUUCAUGCUACACAUGAUUGAUCAGUAUGACCCCCUCUACUCCAAGCGCUUUGCUGUCUUUCUGUCAGAGGUGAGCGAGAACAAGCUAAGGCAGCUGAACCUUAACAACGAGUGGACGCUGGAGAAGCUGAGGCAGCGCAUCACCAAGAACUCCCAUGAUAAGCUGGAGCUGCAUCUGUUUAUGCUGAGUGGAAUUCCAGACACAGUAUUUGAUCUGUUAGAGCUGGAAGUGCUCAAACUGGAGCUAAUACCAGAUGUAACUAUCCCUCCGAUCAUUGCCCAGCUCUCCAACCUGAGAGAGAUGUGGCUCUAUCACACACCAGCUAAAAUUGAGGCUCCAGCUCUGGCGUUCUUAAGGGAAAACCUGAAGUCUCUCCACAUCAAGUUCACAGACAUAAAGGAGAUCCCUCUGUGGAUCUACAGCCUGAAGAACCUCAGUGAGCUGCAUCUAACUGGGAACCUUAGUGCUGAGAACAACCGCUACAUCGUCAUUGAUGGUCUUCGAGAGCUGAAACAGCUCAAGGUGUUGCGUCUGAAGAGCAACCUGACAAAGUUGCCUCAGGUGGUGACAGAUGUCGGUGUGCAUCUGCAGAAGCUCUCCAUCAAUAACGAAGGUACCAAGCUUAUGGUGCUCAACAGCCUAAAGAAAAUGGUGAACCUAACGGAGCUUGAGCUUGUUCGCUGUGAUCUUGAACGUAUUCCGCACUCAAUCUUUAGUUUGCACAACUUGCAGGAGAUUGACCUGAAGGACAACAAUUUGAAGACAAUAGAGGAGAUCAUCAGCUUCCAGCACCUGCACCGCCUCGUAUGCCUGAAGCUGUGGUACAACCAGAUUGCCUAUAUCCCCAUUCAGAUCGGCACCCUUACCAAUAUGGAGAGACUGUACCUCAACAGGAACAAGAUUGAGAAAAUCCCCAGCCAGCUCUUCUUCUGUCGCAAGCUACGCUUCUUAGACCUGAGUCACAACAACCUGACCAGCAUCCACGCUGAUGUCGGCUUCCUCCAGAACCUGCAGUACUUUGCUGUGACUGCAAACAGGAUCGAGACUUUGCCCCCGGAGUUGUUCCAGUGUAAGAAGCUGCGCACUCUCAAUCUGGGAAACAACUGCCUGCAGACACUACCCUCUCGCUUCGGAGAGCUCACUGGGUUGACCCAGCUGGAGCUCAGAGGGAACCGUCUGGAGUGUCUGCCGGUGGAGCUUGGCGAGUGCCGUCUGUUGAAGAGGAGCGGCCUGGUGGUGGAGGAGGACCUCUUCAACACGCUGCCGUCGGAGGUCAAAGAGCAGCUCUGGAGGGCUGAUAAGGAGCAAGCUUGAGCCAAACCUCAGCUGUUUCACUGGAGAGUUUAAUUGAGGAAAAGACGAGCAAUAUAUGAAGGCAGGCCAACCACAACGUUAACUGUGUGGGCUCAGAAAAGCCAUUUCUCUUUGGUUUUAUUGGUACUUCUUCUGCAUCACCUAAAAAAUCAUGGAUGCCACUUAAAAGCCCAUGAGUUUCUUGUGGGUGUUACAAGUACCAAGGAGACAUUUCAUAAUAUUCUUGAUCAUGGCGUGGUCUAGUAAUGUGGCCUUUUUUUUGUUUCAUCAUGAAUAUGAAGCUGUCAGGAUGCAAGCAAGUUUUAUCAAAUAUGCAUGCCACAGUGAGCUAAAGCAGACAUGUUCAUUGGAGAGAGACUAAAAUGAGAGGAAAAGCUUCACAAUUCAGCCUUUUUUUCAAGAGUUAACUCUGCUCUGUCACUUUAUUUUGGAGAUGGACACAUGCACAAAUUGUACAUGCUCAAUGCAACGUUUGCCUGACCUUCUGGCCUUGAGACUGAAAAUCGGUAGUUUUUACAGUUACAUUUGCAGUGCAGCGCUAUGUCAAAUACUGACAGAUUUGAGGAAGCAAUUUCCUGUGGGCCUGAUGCACGUUUAACAAGCUCUGAAGCAACUUUUUAAACAAAGAAAUAGAACUCAGUGAUGAAGAAUAACACAUCAGUCACAGGUGAUCCAACAGCUUUAGGCCUUAACUCAGCAGACUGAUGAAACAAGAACAAAGAAAAGCUGUCAGUGGAAACACAUGGGAACAAACUGUACAGUUCAACGUCAGAAAACGCUUCAGUUGUUAAUUUAUAACAUGAGCUGCUGCAGCAAGUGGAUUGGUCGCUGUAUGGGAAAUAUGCACCAUUAGACAGGCUUUACAUUAUUUUGCAUGACUAAACAUCACAUGAUUAUUGAUCUGUCUUAUUUAGGUAUGUAAAAUGUGCUUUAUAUCAGUUAGAUGGAACUUAUGGAGAUGAUGUCAUUAGUUUAUUUCACUUCAAGACAUGGUGUGCUUCAAAUACAGCAAGAUCAUACAUAAUGUUGAAGCCUGUGAGACAGGCUGUGAUUUACUUAAAAUUCAUUAUCAGGAUUCAGUACAACUGUGCCUCACAGUCUGCUCAGCUGUUGAUUUGUCACUUUUUUAAGUUUUUUUUAGUCUUGUUUGUUAUUUACAAGGUACAUGCCGUAUGCCUGUAUUCAAAGAGCCUCAGUUGAAUAAUAAUGUUUAUUCACUGACUGUAUUUAGACUGUAAUUACAUAAUGUGUCCCCUUCAGAACACUCCACACCACACUUUAUGUUUUUGUCUUAAGUAAAUGAAAUGAUAUGCAAGCUUGCACAACACCAAUCAAACAAACACUGGGAUUAUUUUCAUUCCCAGUAUGAUUUUUUUUUUUUUUACUUGUAAUCCUCUAAAUGACCACAUGGCGCUGAUCAGCUUUAACGAUGAGACAGGAUCAUCAAAAGACUCAAAAGAGAUCUGUUGGUUUUGUUGACUCAAGUGCUUAUUUGUUUGUCCGCUAAAUGCAUCAGUCCUCCUUUAGUCCAGGGACUGCUAGACAUUUGUCAGUGCUCUGUUUAUUCAUUUGAGAGGAAAUUGAGGACAAACAGGAAAUUGCAGAGUGCAGGAAACUUCAGCUUUGACCGACUCAAAACACAGAAAACAUUUAUUAGCAGAGGGGCUAUGUAGAAUAUGUGAUUUCCACAUUCACAGUCCAGAUUGGUAAAGCAUGCUUUGUCUGCUUGAAACGCUUUUCUCAUUAAUACGUUGGAUUUAAUAGCAUCAUUUGGAGCGAAGUGGCUGUGUUUACUCCGACCAGGCAUCGCUCGCUGCUAAUAUGGCUUUACCUUUUACAAGCUGUAUGCCCCCGUUAAUGAUCACAAACAUCAUAAACAUGACUUGUUUUGUUGUUCCUUCAGUAAAUCGUAUAGGUGAAAUGUUAAACUUUCAUACCAGUGUUAUGGUAUGUGUCUUAUUAUUACCAGCUGUUUCUUUUCAUUAUUGAGACUUUGAAGAGGUUUAAGGGAAAUUUCACUGUAAUGAUACAAUCGCUCCUUUGUUCACAUGGAGUUUAGUUUUUCACUGAGGCCUUGGCUAAACCCAAAGCCCUCCUGAGGGUCACUGUUAAAGAAGAGUUUAAGUCUUUGAAGCGCAGACAAACAACUGGUUUUAAAGUUGGAGGUAAGAGGUCACAGAGAGAUACUGGAACAAAAGGGAACAGAAAACCACAGAGUAGACGUGAGUACAAGUGGAAAAAAACAGGAGGCUUCUUAGCUUUUCCAGUAUGCACACGUUAUGUAAAAGCUAAGGAUUGUGUGUUCUUCUCUGGUUAGAUUUUUAUCGUGCCAAGUGCAAGCAGAAACAGGAUUUUUUUCAUGAGAUUGUGACUUUUGACCUGUUGGGUGCCAAAAGAAAUCCUUUAGAAUUAAACGACAAAACAGAACACAUUUCAGUUCAGUAGCUAGACAUAGUUAGAGGAAGAGUUCCUGUCUGUCACUUUCAUUUUCUGGUUCAUUCUUCAGUUUUAAGGAAUAUUUUGGGGUUUCCUUUUUGUUUUGAUGAGUGCCAUGAAAAAUGUUCUCAGGGUGUCACUGGGGAUUCAGUCGUAGCUUGUUAGAUGUGCAUGAUAAGCAACAAUACCACAUGAUUAAUAACCCUUUAGGUGCUAGAGUUUUUUGUUUUUUUUUUAAUAUUCAAUUUUGAUAUCGAGAGUUCAAAAAGCUGUUUCAGUUAUGUUGCUUGUUGCAAUAUUAUGACUUUGGCACUUAAAGGGUUAAUAUAUUCAUAUAUCAAAAGUUCCUCCAUUUCAUCUGUAUCAUUGUUGGUCUGCAUCUCAUGUAUAUCCCUUACUGUCAAAACUUGGGUUUAUAUGAAUGAAGGACAGGAAUUCCUGUAAUUUUUUUUUUUUUUUUAGUUGUGACUACAGCCUCACGGUUCUCUCACUUCCCUUUGAGUCACAAGAUGAGCACAUUGAACCUGCAGCUCCUCUCACUCCUUUUCCUGCACGUCAGCACUAGCGAAUCGGGUAAAAAUUUGACAUAUCAGUCAGCCAUUGACUAAUUCACUAAAUAAGGGAGGUUUUAAUGACUAACAAAAUGCCUCUUGGUUACAGGAAAACUCAGCUAGCGCUUUAUGGAGUGUCAUGUCAGAAGCAGGUCUGUUCUCAUCUCAACACAGAUUUUUUUUCUUUGCAGAUGUUCAAAUGGUUUCAGCUUUUUACUUUUUGGACUUUUGUGGAAUACUUUAUGUAGUAACGUUUGUGUGGAGCUGCAUGAUCAAUCCGUUAAUGUUCAGACACAUUAACUUAUUUCUAUCCACAGAGGGUUUGAAAGGGAGACGAUGUUUGGAAAGACAAUUACAAACAACAAACUAUUGUUGACAAUCUAACGUAAAUGGAGGUGCGCUCACCCUCCUGUGUGGGCAUUGUGUAACGUUACACAUAAUUUGUUAAUAUCUGUAAUAUUACUGAAGAAUGUACAUUAUCAGAUGAACACUUACCAUUACACUUGGUACCGCCCCCCCCCUGAAAAAUGCAUUAUUGUCAAACUGCCGUAAUUGCAUUCACAUUUCUUUGCUUUAGUAUAAAACGUUUUGUUUUUUAUGUUAUUCUAUUAACUGUGUAGUAAAUUCAGAUCCAUCUGUAUUAUGAUUCCUGUAGAUCAGGGAUGUAAAAAACAGUCUUUUUGGAUUUUGUUUCAUCUUCUUGCAGCAUAGGUUAUGUUGUGUGCAUUGCAGCCGCACUGAAAGUCUCCUUUUAACUCCAAGCAACAAUCAUUGUAGAAUAAAAGUCACUGCUGCUGAUGGGACAGAGCUGCACUGAUCAGCACUGUGUGUAUUAUGAGUUAUGAUGCCUUUAUUAAUUGUUGCCAAGUGGACUGGACACUGGCUUUAAAGCGUCGAGUCUGAAAUGGACUGGACUGAACUGAACUUUUCUUUCCUAAUAUCGAGGCGCUACUUUUGUACCAUUCUGACAUGUGAUAAAAUAAACACUUAACAUGAAA